GUGGUUUUACGACGCUCUUCACUGCCGUCAUUUUCUUCACGCAGCAUGAAGAUGAGAAGAUGAGAUGUUAAAAGUUUUAUAGGAUACAAUGGAUGUGGACGCACACAUGAACUCAUGCAGAUGACAGAAUGGAGUCUGUGGAAAACAUGAAGCAGCAGCAGCAGCAGCGCGCGUCCUCGCCGGGGAGAUUCAAAGAUUCUCCGACAAAAGCCGCUUCAAAAAGCGGGACCUCGAAGGCCUCGGCGUCGAAAACCGGCGGUAAAAGCAGCCGCAGUAACUCUCCGGUCACCGUACACACCGGGAAAGACAGACACGCGGGCAAAGGUGCGGCUGCUGUCCACGUUAGUGGUGCUGAAAGCCCGACUCUGAGGCGCGCGGAGAAGGGCAGGAGCACCGAGCGCAGCGGCUCAUCCGAGGAGCCCUACGCCGCCGCAGAGGAGCCGCUCCUGGGGGCAGAUGUGGUGUCCGACCAGCCCAGCUCAAGCAAACCCUCUCCGGGGAAACGCGAGAGCUCCAAGGCGGACGGAGGAAAGCAGACGACCAAGAGCGCGGUUGGAUGCGGGCCGGGCUUCUGGAGAGAGGGAUGCUUGCAGUCGGAGCUUAUACAGUUUCACAUGAACAAAAGCUUGAAGAAGGACAGCGGCAUGACGACGAAGACGCCGAGCUCGCCGGUCACUGAGCCGCAGCGGCCGCCUGAGGACGCGCGCCGCCCUACGGAGCCUUUACCGGAGCCCGACCAGGAGCUGGAGGAGGAGAUCGAGAGAUUACAGGACGAGAACGAUUUCCUCAAGCAUGAAGUAGACGAAAUGCGGGCCGAGAUGGAUGAGAUGAGGGACACCUUCUACGAGGAAGAUGCCUGUCAGCUGCAGGACAUGCGUCGGGAGCUGGAGAGAGCACACAAGAACUGCCGGAUCCUUCAGUAUCGCCUGCGCAAAGCGGAGAGGAAGAGAAUGAGAUACGCAGAAACUGGAGAAAUCGACGGGGAACUGCUGAGGAGCCUGGAGCAGGACCUGAAGGUGGCCAAGGACGUAUCAGUGCGGCUGCAUAAUGAACUGGAGAACGUGGAGGACAAACGAGCGAGAACAGACGAUGAGAAUGAAAGACUGAGGCAGCAGCUGAUUGAAGUGGAGGUGACCAAACAGGCUUUGCAAAACGAGCUGGACAAGACCAAAGACCUUUCCCUGAAACGAAGAGGAAAAGAUGUCCAGAAAUCCGAGAAGAGGACUCCACAAACCCCAACAGAGGAGGAAAAUGAAGAUCUGAAAUGUCAGUUGGCCUUCAUCAAGGAGGAGGCUGUUUUAAUGCGUAAGAAAAUGGCUAAGAUCGACAAAGAGAAGGACCGCUUGGAGCAGGAGCUCCAGAAGUAUCGCUCGUUUUACGGAGACGUAGACAGUCCUCUCCCUAAAGGAGAAGCUGGAGGUCCUCCCACCACUCGAGAGUCCGAGCUCAAGCUCCGCCUGCGGCUGGUGGAGGAGGAAGCCAAUAUUUUAGGCCGCAAAAUUGUAGAGCUGGAAGUGGAGAACCGCGGGCUGAAGGCGGAGCUGGAUGACCUGCGCGGGGACGAGCUGGCAGGGGGAGCAGCGGACUCGUCAUCCAGAGAGCAGAGCGAGGCUUUGUCCGAACUCCGCCAGCAGCUGCAGUUGGUGGAGGAUGAAGCUGAACUCCUGCGCCGUAAUUUGGCUGAUGUAGAAGAGCAGAAUACAAAAAUGACCAGCGAGCUGAACAAACUCAAAUAUAAAGCAGGAUCACACGAGGGAUCCCGCUACAGCAGCGGUGCGGUCGAUGGGGCCAAGCUUGAAGCCCUGCAGGAGGAGCUGAAAGCCGCUAGACUCCAAAUCAACGAGCUGAGCGGGAAGGUGAUGCAGCUCCAGUAUGAAAACCGUGUGCUGCUGUCCAACAUGCAGCGCUACGAUCUGGCUUCUCAUUUAGGGAUCCGCGGCAGCCCCAGAGACAGCGACGCGGAGAGUGACUGUGGCCGCAGGGAAAGUGACGAUGACUGCUCUCGGCUCACGCCACAUCGUAAACGCGAAGGCCCCGUUGGUGGAGAAAGCGACUCGGAGGAAGUACGCAACAUACGGUGCCUCACUCCCACCCGCUCCCUGUACACCCCAGAGGGACGUUUUUUAUCCAGAAGCUUCAAGGACCGCCAGCAGAUGAUUGAUAUCCGCAUGGAGGCGGAAAGAUUGUGCAGGACCAUCGACAGACUCAUCGCCGACACCAGCACCAUCAUCGCUGAGGCUCGUGUGUACUUGAAUAACGGUGAGCUGUUCGGGAGAUUGGACGAUGAGGAAGAGGGCGGACGAAUACGAGAGCAUGAGCUGCUGUACCGCAUUAAUGCUCAGAUGAAGGCUUUCAGGAAGGAGCUGCAGAAUUUUAUUGACCGACUGGAAGUCCCAAAACCAGAGGAUCGAGAAUCAGAAGAGCCUCUUUCAAUGUUUCAACCCAUUAUUUUGCUUAUCCUCAUUCUUGUCUUAUUCUCAUCUUUAUCGUAUGCCACUAUUUUCAAAUUAGUUUUUCUUUUCACUCUCUUCUUUGUUCUUUAAACUUCAUUUUUA